AUGGAAGACAUUGGUAUUCCAACCGAAGACAUGCAGAAAUAUGCGCGAAUGAUGGGUGAAGCAUUAGCAACUCUACACUGGCUCGGCGAGAUGGACGGAAAUGAUAUUGAAUUUGUCCUGGCUCCUCUUCCAUUCGAUGAACAGCAACCUAACACCGACAUAAUCACCAAUGUCCUCGGUCAGCAUACUAUGUGGAUGCUGGACUUCGAUUUAUGUCAGCCUAUGCCCAUGUGCGAUGAUGGGGUCCAGCAGGCCGUUACUGCUUUUUGGCGUAAUGACCCCUUCUACCCCCGACCGCAGAGAGAGCUGUGGGAUGUAUUUCGCGAGCAAUACCUGAUAAGUAGCGAGACCAUCAUUUCUGGGUAUAAUCAGGUCGAUAUAGAUCAGCGACUGUCGCUUGCUCGAAGAUUUAUUGAAUUGGUUGAGACAAACUAG